AUGUUUAGCAGAAAUGGAUUUGUAAUGUACAGUCGGUCUUGUACAAAAGUAAACAAACACAAUUCGUACACCAUAGCAAUUGAUGAUGGUCAAAACUCAUCAAUUGAAGUCGACAGCUUCCUUGUACAUGAACAAACCAGGAGAGUAUUUGCAGUUGGGAAACUUUUCGGAGAAGAUGGCUGUGCAGUGGAGGGAAGAGUACCACAUAUAAAGCUGCUAAAAAGAAGAAUGGACCUUGCUGUCGUAAAAGCAGAGCUAUUACGGGAACCGCUAGUGGUGAUCAAGAAUGGAGAAAACAUAUCUGCUUCCUGCUUUCCGAACACCUAUGAGCGUGAUUAAAUAAGACUAAUUUCACUUGGGAAACUAUCUACUUGUUUUGUUAGGGUAACAGCUUUCAAAGCCACAGAUCCAUUUAGUUACAAUGUGUUAAGAUUUAAUGGAUAUUGUACCUAACUGUGAUAUACACUUCUAUUUCAACAUUUUUUUUCUGUACAUUUGUACAUAAUGAAAUUUUCUCUGCAAAAUUAUUUUGAAAGUACAUUGUAGUAUAUAUGCUAUGUAUAUGUAUAAACACUCCAAAAAUUCCAUCCAGAAAAUCUUUUCAAAACAUAUUUUCUCUGAAAGUUUUAAAAAUAAAAGUGUUAUUUUCUGUUUAUUGAAUUUAGUGUUACUUUCUCACCUAGAAAUCUGGCU